AAGGGAGGCAAUCCCCCUUAGAAUUUUGCCAGUAACGGACAUGGCUGCAACCUUUAGAGGAGGGGACGUGAAGUGAGGAGGGGGCUGGGAGGGGAGAGGACGCGGGCGAGGACGACGCGUCUCCGGGCCUGGAGUUUCACUCUGCACUUCAGGAUGGCCUUGAACUCACUUUGUAGCCCAGACUGGCCUCACCUUGCAUUGAUACUCCUGCCUUAGCCUCCCAAGUGCUAGCAUUACAGAUAUCAUGACUGUGACAGAUUUGCUGGAGUUUGUCCACGUUGCGGAGGAACCUUCCUUUUAGGGGUGACCACAUUCAUCUGGGUAUGCCUGCGCUACCCUGGGCCCAUGGACCUGAAGGUGUUAGCACACGAGCUGGAGAAGCAAGGCCUGGGGCAGGAAUAGCAAGGGGCUGAGGUCACACAUCUCACAUCUCCAGGGGCCUCACAGAACUGGCAAGUGGAUCUGGACUGGACUCCAAGGGCGAGCCUCCGUUGGCCCUGGGCCUGUCCACGUGCAAGGCCCUGAGUGUCCUGAAGGAGCAGCUGGAGGCCGCAUUAGAGGGACACCUCAGGGACCGGAAGAAACGGCUUACAUGGAAGGAGGCAUGGAGAAACAGCUUCUUGCACCACAGUAACCGCUGCUCCUGCUUCCACUGGCCUGGGGCCUCGCUGAUGUUACUGGCUGUGCUGCUGCUGCUGGGCUGCUGUGGAGGCCAGCCAGCUGGAAGCCAUGGGGUGGAGCUGGUCAACGCCUCCGCGCUCUUCCUGCUGCUGCUGCUCAACCUCCUCCUCAUUGGGCGGCAGGAUCGGCUGAAGCGCCAUGAGGUUGAGCGCAGGCUCCGGGGGAUCAUUGACCAAAUCCAAGAUGCCCUAAGGAAUGGCAAGGAGAUCAGGUGGCCGAAUACCAUGUAUCCAGACCUCCACAUGCCGUUUGCUCCAUCCUGGUCCCUGCACUGGGCCUACAGAGACGGCCACCUGGUCAACCUGCCAGUUAGCCUGUUGGUAGAAGGAGACAUCAUAGCCCUGAGACCUGGCCAGGAAUCCUUUGCCUCCUUGAGAGGGAUCAAGGAUGAUGAGCACAUUGUGCUGGAGCCAGGAGACCUCUUCCCCCCUUUCUCCCCACCGCCCUCGCCCCGCGGAGAGGUGAAGAAAGGGCCACAGAACCCUCAGCAACACCGGCUCUUCCGGGUCCUGGAGACACCUGUGAUAGAUAACAUCAGAUGGUGCCUGGACAUGUCCCUGUCUCGCCCAGUCACUGCUCUGGACAACGAGAGGUUCACAGUGCAGUCGGUGAUGCUGCACUACGCAGUGCCUGUGGUCCUGGUCGGCUUCCUCAUCACUAAUGCUUUGCGCUUCAUGCUCAGUGCCCCUGGGGCCACGUCCUGGCAGUAUACCCUCCUCCAGCUCCAGGUGAAUGGCAUGUUGCCCAUCCUUCCUCUGCUCUUCCCCGUCCUCUGGGUCCUGGCCACUGCCUGUGGAGAAGCCCGUGUCCUGGCACAGAUGAGCAAGGCCUCGCCCAGCUCCCUACUGGCCAAGUUCUCAGAGGAUACUCUCAGCAGCUACACAGAGGCUGUCUCUUCCAAGGGAUAUAUGGUUAUGCCUCAGAUGGCCUCCCAAGACUCGCUGUCCUGCCAGGAAAUGCUGCGCUGCAUUUGGGGCCACUUCCUGAGGGUGAUCCAAGGGACAUCACCGACACUGAGCCACAGUGCCAGCUUACUGCACAGCUUGGGCUCUGUCACGGUGCUGUGCUGUGUAGACAAACAGGGGAUCCUGUCGUGGCCAAAUCCCAGCCCAGAGACUGUGCUGUUCUUCAGUGGGAAGGUGGAGCCCCCUCACAGCAGUCAUGAGGACCUCACAGAUGACCUGUCCAACCACUCCUUCUGCCAUCCCGAGGUAGAGGAGGAGCCCCAUGAACGAGACGCCCUCCUCACUGGCUCCUUGAACAAUACCCUACAUCUUUCCAACGAGCAGGAGCAUAGCGACUGGCCUGGUGACAGUCCCAAGCCCCCAGAGCCCUACUCUCACCACAAAGUGCACAGCCACAGCAAACACCUAUCUGGCUCCAACGUGAGCUUUAGCAGGGACACCGAGGGCGGCGAGGAGGAGCCCAGCAAGGCCCAGCCUGGGACUGAGGGUGAGCCCUAUGAGGCAGAGGACUUUGUGUGCGACUACCACCUAGAGAUGCUGAGCCUGUCUCAGGACCAACAGAACCCCUCCUGUAUCCAGUUUGAUGAUUCCAACUGGCAGCUGCAUCUCACUUCCCUGAAGCCGCUGGGCCUCAACGUGCUGCUGAACCUGUGUAAUGCUAGUGUCACUGAGCGCCUGUGUCGCUUCUCAGACCACCUGUGCAACAUCGCCCUGCAGGAGAGCCACAGUGCGGUGCUCCCCGUUCAUGUGCCCUGGGGCCUGUGUGAGCUGGCCCGUCUCAUCGGCUUCACACCGGGGGCCAAGGAGCUCUUUAAGCAGGAGAACCACCUGGCACUCUACCGCCUGCCCAGUGCUGAGACCAUGAAGGAGACUUCACUAGGGCGACCCUCCUGUGUCACCAAGCGGCGUCCUCCCCUCAGCCACAUGAUCAGCCUCUUCAUCAAGGACACCACUACCAGCACAGAGCAGAUGCUGUCGCAUGGCACGGCUGAUGUCGUCUUAGAGGCCUGCACAGACUUCUGGGAUGGUGCCGACAUCUACCCUCUUUCAGGUUCUGACAGAAAGAAAGUGCUGGAUUUCUACCAGCGAGCCUGCCUGUCUGGUUAUUGCUCUGCCUUCGCCUACAAGCCUAUGAGCUGUGCCCUGUCCUCCCAGCUCAAUGGCAAGUGUAUUGAGCUGGUCCAGAUGCCUGGCCAGAGCAGCAUCUUCACCAUGUAUGAGCUGCCCAGCACUGUUCCUAUCAAGCAGAAUGCCCGCCACAACAGCUGGAGCUCUGAUGAAGGGAUCGGGGAGGUGCUGGAGAAGGAGGAGUGCAUGCAGGCCCUGAGCGGCCAGAUCUUCAUGGGCAUGGUGUCCUCCCAGUACCAGGCCCGGCUGGACAUUGUGCGCCUCAUUGAUGGGCUGGUCAAUGCUUGCAUCCGCUUUGUCUAUUUCUCUUUGGAGGAUGAGCUCAAAAGCAAGGUAUUUGCAGAAAAGAUGGGCCUGGAAACUGGCUGGAACUGCCACAUCUCCCUCACGCCCAAUGGUGACAUGCCUGGCUCUGAGAUCCCGCCCUCUAGCCCCAGCCAUGCAGGCUCCCUGCAUGAUGACCUGAACCAGGCGUCUCGAGAUGAUGCAGAAGGCUUGCUUCUCAUGGAGGAGGAGGGCCACUCAGAUCUCAUCAGCUUCCAGCCCACAGACAGCGACAUCCCCAGCUUCCUGGAGGACUGCAACCGGGCCAAACUGCCCCGGGGCAUCCAUCAGGUGCGGCCCCACCUGCAGAACAUUGAUAAUGUGCCUCUGCUUGUGCCCCUCUUCACUGACUGUACCCCUGAGACCAUGUGUGAGAUGAUAAAGAUCAUGCAGGAGUAUGGAGAGGUGACCUGCUGCCUGGGCAGCUCUGCCAAUCUGAGGAACAGCUGUCUCUUCCUUCAGAGUGAUGUCAGCAUAGCUCUGGACCCCCUGUACCCAUCCCGCUGUUCCUGGGAGACUUUUGGCUAUGCCACCAGCACCAGCAUGGCCCAGGCCAUGGAUGGCCUUGCUCCUCUGCAGCUGUCAGGGCAGCUGAACAGCCUGCCCUGCUCCCUGACCUUUCGCCAAGAGGAGACCAUUAGCAUCAUCCGGCUCAUAGAGCAGGCUCGACAUGCUACCUAUGGCAUCCGUAAGUGCUUCCUCUUUCUGCUGCAGUGCCAGCUGACCCUCGUCGUCAUCCAGUUCCUUUCUUGCUUGGUCCAGCUCCCCCCCGUCCUGAGUACCACGGACAUCCUGUGGCUGUCCUGCUUUUGCUACCCGCUGCUGAGCAUCUCUCUGCUGGGGAAACCACCCCAUAGCUCCAUCAUGUCUAUGGCAACAGGGAAGAAUCUUCAGUCUAUUCCUAAGAAGACCCAGCACUACUUCCUGCUCUGCUUCUUGCUGAAGUUCAGCCUCACCAUCAGCUCAUGCCUCAUCUGCUUUGGCUUCACACUGCAGAGUUUCUGUGACAGUGCCCAGGCCCGCAAUCUCACCAACUGCUCCUCCAUCAUGCUGAGCAGCGAUGAUGACAGGGCUCCAGCUUGGUUUGAGGACUUAGCCAACGGGCUACUGUCGGCCCAGAAACUCACAGCCACCCUGAUUGUCCUGCAUACUGUUUUCAUCUCUAUUACCCACGUGCACCGCACCAAACCCCUGUGGAGAAAAAGCCCCCUGACGAACAUCUGGUGGGCUGUGACCGUGCCUGUGGUGCUGCUGGGUCAGGUGGUCCAGACAGCAGUGGACCUGCAGCUAUGGACACACAGGGACAGCCCCAUCCACUUUGGCCUGAAGGAUGUGCCUCUGCUGACAUGGCUUCUGGGCUGCCUGUCCCUGGUCCUUGUGGUGGUCACCAAUGAGAUUGUAAAACUGCAUGAGAUUCGGGUCCGUGUCCGCUACCAGAAGCGACAGAAGCUGCAGUUUGAAACCAAGCUGGGCAUGAACUCUCCCUUCUGAGCCAUUGGCAAAAGGUGGCCAAGGUUGUCCUGGUCCCUGGGGAUAAAGCCAGACCCAUCUCUACAUCUGGGAAGUUGCUAUCAUGAACGUUUCAGGGUUUGCUCUUGUGCGCUGUGGCACUUGGAGCCCAGCUGUGGUCACUGGAGACCCUACUGUCCCCAACCCCUAGGCUCACUGUGGAAAAGCUGAGGAGCCAUGACCUCAGCCAGACAGGACCAUCCUGUUCUUCCCUGGCCUUACCAAGGGCACUCUUGAAUGUAUGACCUCAGCCCCCUCACCUAUGGGCUGUCCCACUUCAGGGUCCCCUCACCCAGCACCCUCCACUCUAGCAUCUGUGCACAGCCUGGAAGUCAAGGUAAGGGUGUCAGCUUUUGUGGAAGAGCAAAGGUUGUUGUCGGGGAGGUGCUACAUGUGUGUCUUCCCAGACAAGGGCCCAGGUGUGGCCCUGACCUCCCUCUGGGGAGUCUGAAGACAAGAGAAGCUGCCACCUUACUGUGCUGGGCUCAGCAGACCAUGAGUCACUCUUGGGGGGGGGGGAGGUGUCACCCAGGUUUCCUGUAAUCCUGUCCUUGUUCUCCUGGGAGAAGUUUUUAUUGGUAUAUAUUUUUUACCAGAAAUGAGCCUUUUAGGAAUGAAUGUAGAUCGGUUUAUAUUAAAACUUGUAAAUUGCUUAAGAAAAA